UUGGUUUCUCCUCCUUUUCUUUCCGAUGCAAACGUAGAACUCGUUCAAACAAACCAAACCACAAAAGAGAAGAAACAUGGAAAUGGAGUCGAGUAGUUUUCUUUGUCCCAUCAAAUACACCCACCACAGGAACACCACCAAGAAAUUAACUAAACCUUCCCGGAAAGUAGAGCCCGGCACUUCCAUCGCCCCAAAAAUUGUUCGCAUAAUGAUGACCGAUCACGACGCCACAGACUCAUCCAGUGAUGAAGAAGAGGGAGAGUACUACUUUGGUCGCCGGAGAGUGAAGAAAUACAUCAACGAAAUCAGCAUAGAAACAGACUCGACAACUAGUCGGGUGAUCACCAACAAUGGCCGGAAAAGACCCGCCGUAGAGAUACGGCCGGCUACUCGGCGACCAGCACAGAAGACCCCUCCUUGUCAUCCGGCCAAUGGCGGCAGCCGGAAGUUUAGAGGAGUAAGACAACGGCCUUGGGGUAAAUGGGCGGCUGAGAUUAGAGAUCCCGGCAAACGCGUAAGACUGUGGCUGGGAACCUUUGACACAGCAGAGGAAGCGGCUAUGGUGUAUGAUAAUGCCGCCAUUAAACUGCGAGGUCCUGAUGCUCAAACAAAUUUCUCGGCGCCACAAAUAGUAGAAUAUGCCGCACACUCUGUUGAGGAAAAGAGUAUUGUCAGUGAAGUCGAGAUUGAGCCGGAAACAACGACACCAAACGUGACGGCUGUAUCAGUUUCUGGCUAUGAAUCCGGUGACGAAACUCAUCAUCUCUCAUCUCCCACCUCCGUCCUACAGUUCGGAACUCAUCCAACCGAAGAGGCUGAGCCACUGCUAAUGGAGAAGAAGCCAGCUGAGAAAGUAAAUGUUGUUCAAGAGUGUCUAGUUGAACAAACUCCGACGUUGUUGUUGCCGUGUAUGCAGGACGAAGAAGGGUUCAGGUUCCCAACACCGGAGUCCCCCAUUUUCGAGUCUCCGCUUUUCUUUGAGUCACCGUUCUUCGACGACACGGCGGUUCCCGGACCACUCGUGUUCGAUGACUUCGGCGGCUUGUUCCGAAUGGACUCGUUCGACUCGUCGUCCUUUUCUGCUCAGACGACGUCGUCCAUGAUGUGUCAAGGAGAUGACUGUUUUCAAGACAUUUUUGGCUCAGACCCUCUAGUGGUCCUCUGAAGAAUACUGAAACUGUUAGA